UUGGUCGUGGUCUAUGAUCCCAUCACUUUCGGUAACUGUUGCUAAAUAUCGCUACAUUUACAACCGUGUUGCUGGCAAAAGGCCCCUUGGACCAUGUGGGGAUCAAGGACCCCUUGUUUGAAACAAAUCGAGGUCAUCUUCACAUCUGCGUGGGUCGACUGCUUGUCUGAUUAUAGCCGUUCGGCGCUUCUGACUGAUGGAAUAAAUCAGUCUGUCGACGGUAGACAGUGGCGGAGCCACCAAAAAGGGAGCCCUCGAUGCCAUCUACAUACUGUAUGAUGCGAGUAUAUAUUUCACGUUGGAUGUCGCCGCCACCCUGUUGAACAUCAUGAUCUUUCCCAGGUCACCCCUCUGCACUCCAGUCGUUCUCUCCGGCCACUUUGCUGCCCUUGUUUGUUCGCCUAGUCACAUUCUUCACAGUCUUGUCAUCACCCCAGACAUCCCACGAUCAUUAUCAUGAAGGCAUCAAGUGUUCUCUUGGGCUUGGCUCCCCUGGCCGCCUUGGCGGCGCCUACUCCCGAAGCCGAGCUCAGCGCCCGUCAGGCACAGCAGAGCAUCGAUGCUCUCAUGAAGGCCAAGGGCAAGCUGUACUUUGGAACUGCGACAGACCAAGGUCUCUUGAACACUGGCAAGAACUCUGCCAUCAUCAAGGCAGACUUUGGUCAGGUCACGCCAGAGAACAGCAUGAAGUGGCAGUCGCUCGAGAACACCCGCGGACAGUACAACUGGGCUCCGGCCGAUGCCCUGGUCAACUUUGCCGUGUCAAACAACAAGAGCAUCAGGGGCCACACUCUGAUCUGGCACAGUCAGCUCCCGGGGUGGGUCAACAACAUCAACGACCGCAAUCAGUUGACUACUGUUAUCCAGAACCAUGUGGCAACAGUGAUGGGCCGAUGGAAGGGCAAGAUUCGAGCAUGGGACGUCGUCAACGAGAUCUUCAACGAGGAUGGCACCAUGCGCCAAUCCGUCUUCUCGCGCGUCCUGGGCGAGGACUUUGUCCGCAUCGCCUUUGAGGCGGCGCGCAAGGCCGACCCCAACGCCAAGUUGUACAUCAACGAUUACAACCUGGACAGCCCCAACGCGGCCAAGCUGACCAAGGGCAUGGUGGCCCACGUCAAGAAGUGGCUCGCCGCCGGCGUUCCCAUCGACGGCAUCGGCAGCCAGGGUCACUUGCAGUCGGGCCAGGGCAACGGCCUCGCCCAGGCCAUCAAGGCCCUCGCCGACUCGGGCGUCAAGGAGGUCGCCGUCACCGAGCUGGACAUCCAGGGUAACAACGCCAACGACUACGCCGCCGUCACCAAGGGCUGCUUGGCCGUUCCUGCCUGUGUUGGAAUCACGGCUUGGGGCGUGCGCGACAACGACAGCUGGCGGCCUCAGGGAAACCCUCUGUUGUUCGACAGCAACUACAACCCUAAGGCUGCGUACAACUCGGUGGUGCAGGCUUUGAAGUAAACAGUUUGAGGCUAUUCACAAUCUCAGAUUUUACCCCCUGACCGCGCCCCAUUUGUAUCACAUGGAUCCACUCAGGGCCCAUUUUGAAUUUCUUUGUACAUACUAUUGGCUCUCAACCAAAAAUACAUAGCACUCUUCUCUGAAUAGACCCUACUGUAGUCUGGUCAGAUCUGGAAAGCGCC